AUGCAGUAUCUCGUACUGAUCGCACUGGUGGCCGGCUCCAGCGCUUUCCUUCUCGGUGGUGGCGGCGGCGGCUGCGGAUGCGCUCCUCCUCCACCUCCACCACCAUGCGGUUGCGGUGGUGGACUCUCGCUUCCACCGAUUCAACUGCCUCAAUUAUCCCUGCCCUCACCUUGCGGAGGCGGUUGUGCUCCUCCUCCUGCUCCAUGCGGUGGCGGAUGUGGAGCUGCUCUCCCACCGCCACCACCACCCGUCUAUGCUCCUCCACCCCCCUCAUACGCUGCUCCUCCUCCACCAGUCGGUGCUUAUCCAGUUCCUGGAAAGUAA